AUGGAUGUAUACUUUUAUCGAACACCAGUGCGUCAGUUUUACGGCAACGGGUAAGGUGUAGGUGAUGUCAUUCGCGUGAAAACCCGUCCCCAUUUUUUACUUGAUGAAACACGGUUCCUCAUCUUAUCCGACGAAAGGGGUACCCGACCAAUUAUAACAUGGGUGCCGAUCAAUUUGAGUAACACAAAGGCAGAAGUUGAGCAGAACGACCCUUAGUUAGCGGAAUUGCUCAAUAGAUGCGAUUGUUCCGUCGUAGCACAAGCCUGGUCUUUGUAAAUUUCGGUAUGGUCUGAAUUGCUUAGUGGUGUCUGAAUUUCUAAGAAGCAAAUUGGCGGAUCGUCUAAUUGAAAUUAAUCAGGCAAUUACCUGGGGGUGUGUACCAGACAUCGUCGGAGAUGCGGACAUUGGACCAAUAGAUCUUAUCCUCGCCUUGCACUUAUUAUCGUGGAUUUCAGACAGCUACGCGUUGCAUUAAAGUAAUAACAAAAUGCUGAGCCAACUGUCCUCGUUGCUGCCUGACGAUCGACCCAUCAGUGCCAUCGGCAUUGUCGAAGAUGUUGAAAAGUGUCCACCUAACUUUACUGUGGUAUCAAGAACUUAUGAUCAAGACUCUGAUGCUGACUUAUGGAGAGAGAGUGGGUUGUUUAUCAAAAGAAAGGGCCGAUAUAUCUGCCUUUCCAAGACUGAAGGAUUAGCCGAUUGCGUUGUAGAAAACAUUGUUAUUAUUAACGAAAGAGAUUUACCUCCGGAAGGAUAUUCGAUGAUUGCUCGUACUGUUGAUUCUGAUCAAAAAGCUUGGCGGAAACGACAGUUGUGCUACAAAGUGAGGCACAAAGAUUUGUGCUCUGUAGCUGUCACUGAUAUCAUUAUAUGUAGUCGCAUCAAGAAAGCACCACCCGGUUUUACUUAUGCUGGAGAAAUAAACGGAGUUACAGUGUGCUACAAAACGAGUCAAAUAUCAAACAACAAUUCCAGCUCUUUGCAGCCAUAUGCCAAUAUUAACUCUUUUCAAAACGUAUCUCCAAAUCCGUCAGCGGGUGUACCUCACAGACCAGCACCAGAGAGGCCGCCAAAACCAAAAUUUUCUCCGAAACCUCCAAACGGUUCAAUUUAUCCCAAUGUCAAAUCAAACCCAGAUGAGACCGGAGACUCUGAUUACGAGGUGCUUAGCCCUGGUGCAGGGAAAAUCAGGCCUACCAGGCCUGCUCCACGUCCUCCACCGACGUCUUCUCUUAGUAACUCUAUAUAUGCUACCAUGUCUGGAACAUCGGAUCUUGACGGGGUGCCUUUUAUCAUUAAUCCUCUCAUCAGUAGAGAGACAACUUCUGCCAUUAAAAACCUGCCAGUAAUAAAAGUCCGAACUCAAACAGAAUUGGAUAAAGAGUAUUAUUAUGAUUUUCGAGUGGAACGGCAGACUUGAGUAAACUAAGCAUCGAAGCAGCUGAAUUUCGCUUUAAGUAUGAAUAUCAAAGUAAUGAUAAUGAUUUAGUGAUAGUGAAAAGUAAUAGAGUGCCUGAAUGAGUGAUUUAUACUAACACAAGAAUUAUUUAAUUAUCUAAACCCUGUAGUAUUAGUUAUCAAAUUAUCUAUACGAAUUAGACGACAUAUGUGAAAUGGACAUUAUUAUUAGGUUUCCGGAAAUCGUGAAUCUUCCCCACAAAUGUAUUACCUUUUACAUUUUGAUACUCGUGAUGAUUAGUGUUGUAUUUUUAUAGUUCGUAGAGCUAUACGUUAGUUGUAUCAUAAAUAAUAGUUGUUUAUUAAAUAUUCAAUAUUAUAUUCAUUAUAGUCGAUAAUACUUCAUCGGCAGUGAAGUUUAUUCAAUAAAUUCAUUCUACUUUUGCUCGUCGCACAUUUUAAAAUCUACCCUUCCACAUACCAAAAUGCUACACACGUACAAUAAAGGUAGAAUAAUUCAGUCACUGUGUUUAACGUAUACUAAAAAUUUUGGAUUCAUUUUGACGUCAAUAAUCAUACUUAUGUGACUAUCCUAACUGAUUUGCUGGUACGUUUCAACGAUGUUUUGUUGUUUAGCAAACGUUAAAAUUUGUUCGCGUAAUUUUUCAUUCCUAAUCUAGCAGUAAAUGAAGUCAACUGGCAAGUACCCAUAAUGAUUUUCAUAUAUUAUGGACAUAAUAUUAAUAAAAUUAAAGUUUUAUUUGAAAAUUGAGACAUACAUAGAUGCAAGAACAAAGUGGUUGCACUUGAUAGCACCGAUAAAUACAAUUUGACGUAAUGUUAUAUAUUAAAAUAACGUGAGUGGCAUCAUUGCGAACAGUACGUAACUAUAGUAUUCUUACAUGUGAAAAUAAUAGCUUCGUAUUAUCAGUAGUUUUAUUUUAAGGACUUCAGAUUGUAAUUCGAUUAUUAUCAAUGAGUUUUCAAUGAGUUUCCUACGGUAUACGCAUUAUAAGGUUUCUAUAGAAAAAUCUGUAUACUACUUUGCCACUAUUUUUCAGGGAAUUCUUUAUUUAGCACGUAAUGGUUUACUUGCAGUUUUCGACAGUAUGAUUAUCAUAGUGAUUUGUUAUCGCCUGUUGAAAGCGUACCCCUCCGGUACGUCAUAAAUAUGCAGUGAACUUUUUAUGAAACUGAUAAACAAAUUUAGCUACAGUUUUUAUUACAACUACUUCCAAAAACUUGUUUUUUGAUUUUUAGUUUUGGUUUCUUCUCCUUCUGCUUGCUCCUCAUUUGGCACACACAGGUUAAUUUAUUCAGUUAUUAUAUUAUGCCAGCGUUUAUGUUAUGACUUGUAACGCUGCAUCGUCUAGUUCAUGUAAUUAUCGGAUAGUGAGAAGUCGGAGUAGGUAUUUUUACACGCCUUUGUCGAUCGUUGAGCAUGUGAAUUCCACAUAGUCAUUUGGUUCAAGAUGAAUGGUAUAUAUACUUGUGAAGCGAGUUCAUACAUUUUGUAAAAUGAAGACUAAAGGCAUAUGCUAAUAAUUUGGUAUGAAUUUCCGAAAGAGCGAACUAUAAUUUGACUCAUUUAUUUUAUUGAGCCAACGGUUGCAUUUAUAAACAUAUAAAAUGUAAAUUUAAAGGAUCGAAUCCUCGGUGAAUAUUUUUUCUGCAAAUUCCUAUUACGAUUUCUCUGCAAAAGUUUGCCAAUUCAGAUUCUUCCAAAUUCAACGAUUUAUUGAUCUCGUUAACGAAGUUACAAAACCAGUUUCUCGCUCAUUCUAUAGGCCUCAAAUCAGUCAAAAAGGCUCUCAUGAAGAAGUGAAACUGACCAGUGAAUGGAUCGAUCAAUGCAAAACUUGAGCAAAAAUUGAAAACCCAAUUUGCAACUGUUUUUUUUUAACUCAUAAUUCAGACAAAUGAGGUAUGCAUCGUGGUUUAUUAAAUGUCCUCGCCAACACGGAAAAAUUAUUGGUAACGUAAAUUAAACCUCAGAAAAAUAAAGAAAUCUUACGUAAAAUUGUAGAAACUCAUACAAUUUUAUAGUAAGUUCUAAAAAUAAGUUGGAAAAUAUAUCAAUCAGGAAUGUAUUAUAGCCCAGGAGUUAAUCUUGAAAUUAAGCGGAGAAUUUCUCUGAUUGCGAAUGUAACUGCAAUAUUUCUUGUACAAAGUGUUACAAGUUUACAGAUUUAUGCAAUCGUAAGUUUCUCGUACAGUGUGGAUGCAGAGAUCGAAAUUUAUACGAAAAGUUUUCACCGUGGAUUAGUUGGAAAAAAAAAAUGGUCCAAUUCGUGGAAUUUCAAUUUGCCGUAUAAUACUUGACACAUUAUACAUGGGAAUAUGCUUAACAUUUAU